GCCCGGGGCGGGGCGGGGCGGCCGUGGGGCGAUGAGGAGCCGCAGCAACUCGGGGGUGCGCCUGGACGGCUACGCCCGGCUCGUCCAGCGGACCAUCCUGUGCCACCAGAAUCCAGUAACGGGGCUGCUUUCUGCUGGUACAGACCAUAAGGAUGCUUGGGUACGGGACAAUGUCUACAGCAUUCUGGCUGUCUGGGGGCUGGGGAUGGCUUAUCGGAAGAACGCAGACCGGGAUGAGGAUAAGGCUAAAGCCUAUGAGCUUGAGCAGAACGUUGUGAAGCUGAUGCGGGGACUCUUGCAAUGCAUGAUGAGACAGGUAAAUAAGGUGGAGAAGUUCAAACACACACAGAGUACCAAAGACUGCCUACAUGCCAAAUAUAACUCUGCAACUUGUGCCACAGUGGUUGGGGAUGAUCAGUGGGGGCAUCUGCAAGUGGAUGCAACUUCCCUUUACCUCCUCUUCUUGGCACAGAUGACUGCAUCAGGGUUACGUAUUAUCUUCACCCUCGAUGAAGUUACCUUCAUUCAGAACCUUGUUUUUUACAUAGAAGCUGCCUACAAAGUUGCUGAUUAUGGAAUUUGGGAACGUGGUGAUAAGACAAACCAGGGCAUCCCUGAACUGAAUGCAAGCUCCGUAGGGAUGGCCAAAGCUGCUUUGGAAGCAAUCGAUGAACUAGAUCUUUUUGGAGCUCAUGGAGGACACAAAUCAGUGAUUCAUGUUCUUCCUGACGAAGUAGAACACUGUCAGUCUAUUCUAUACUCCAUGUUGCCAAGGGCAUCCACAUCAAAGGAGAUAGAUGCUGGCCUUCUAUCUAUUAUUUCUUACCCGGCCUUUGCAGUGGAGGAUGUAAACCUUGUUAAUGUGACCAAGAGUGAAAUCAUAUCCAAACUGCAGGGCCGCUAUGGCUGCUGCCGCUUUCUCCGAGAUGGUUACAAGACACCCAGAGAGGAUCCAAGCAGGCUGCACUAUGAUCCUGCUGAGCUCAAGCUCUUUGAGAAUAUUGAAUGUGAGUGGCCAGUAUUCUGGACAUACUUCCUAAUUGAUGGAGUAUUUAAUGAGGACAAAAUUCAGGUACAAGAGUAUAGAGAGGCUCUGGAAGGGAUACUUAUUAGAGAGAAGAAUGGAAUAGUGCUAAUGCCAGAACUGUAUGCAGUCCCGGCAGAAAAGGUGGAUGAGGAGUAUGAAAAUCCUCACUCAGUGGAUCGUAUCCCUGUGGGAAAAUUGCCUCAUCUUUGGGGCCAGUCGUUGUAUAUCCUUAGCUGCCUAUUAGCAGAGGGGUUUCUUGCUGCAGGUGAAAUUGAUCCCUUAAACAGGAGAUUUUCCACUGGAUUUAAACCUGAUGUUGUGGUACAAGUAACUGUUUUGGCAGAAUCUAAUCAAAUUAAGAAUCUCUUGCAAGACCAUGGAAUCAAUGUUCAGAGCAUUGCUGAUAUCUAUCCACUCAGAGUGCAGCCAGCUCGCAUCCUGAGUAACCUGUACACCAUGCUGGGCCGGAACAAGAACAUGAAAUUAAGUGGACGGCCACACCGACACAUCGGAGUGUUAGGCACCUCCAAGCUGUACAUGAUAAGAAAUCAAAUAUUUACUUUUACCCCUCAGUUUACUGAUCAGCAUCACUUCUAUCUGGCUCUAGACAAUCAGAUGAUUGUGGAGAUGCUCAAGAUAGAGCUGGCUUAUCUCACUUCUUGUUGGAGGAUGACAGGGAGACCAACGCUGACAUUUCCCAUCACACACACAAUGCUUGUUGAUGAUGGUACUGACAUUCACCCAGCAGUUCUUGCCACCAUAAGAAAAUUAGAAGAUGGUUAUUUUGGAGGUGCAAGGGUGAAAAUAGGCAAGCUAUCAGAAUUUCUUACCACCUCCUCUCAUACACAUUUGAGUUUCUUGGAUCCAGACUCUGAUGUAAAACUGUUUGAUGACCCUGAUGAAGGCCGUGAUAGUCCUGACAGUGAAUAUGGAGGCUAUUCAGCAGAUUUCUGUGAAAAAGAAAGCCAGGAUGAGCUGGAUCAGUAUAUAAGUGAUGUCCUGCAGAGUACAGCACUGAAGUCAUACCUGCCUCCAACUUCAAAAACUGCAAACCAACCACCUGUGUUCAGUGCAAGCCAUUCCACAAAAGAGAUACUGUCAAUAAUGGCCAAGACAAAGGGCUUGGAGGUUCCAGCUGUGUCCAUGACUUUUCCCACUAAAGUUCUGAACACUCACCGGAAAUCUCUGAAUCUUGUUGAUAAUCCCCAUUUCUUUGAAACAAAGGACUGUGAAAAUGUUACGCACUUACCUAAAGAUGCUCAUGGUGAUUUGGAUUGCAGGAAGCUUGUUGAGCAGCUGAAGGAAUGCCCAACGCUCCAUGAUCAAGCAGAUAUUUUAUAUAUCUUGCAUAUACUAAAAGGUGCUGACUGGGACACGGAGCUGGAUGGACAGUGUGGCAUCACUGUUCAUUGCCUACUUAAUGAGCUCUACAGAAAGGCAGGCCUCAAUCAAGAGUGGGGCUUGAUCCGUUAUAUUUCUGGCAUACUCAAAAAGAGAGUAGAAGUCCUGGCUGAGGCGUGCACACACCUUCUGUCACACCACAAGCAACUUACAGUGGGCCUGCCACCAGAACCUCGGGAGAAAAUCAUUACCACCCCACUGCCACCAGAAGAACUCGCAGAUCUUAUUUAUGAAGCAAGCGGCCAAGACAUCAGUAUUGCAGUCCUGACACAGGAAAUAAUUAUGUACCUGGCGAUGUACGUCCGGUCACAGCCUAGUCUUUUUGUGGAGAUGCUCAGGCUCCGCAUCGGUCUCAUCAUUCAGGUGAUGGCCACUGAGCUGGCUCGGAGUCUGAAGUGCUCAGGUGAAGAAGCUUCAGAGAGUUUGAUGAAUCUAAGUCCAUUUGAUAUGAAAAAUCUCCUACACCAUAUUCUCAGUGGAAAAGAGUUUGGUGUGGAAAGAAGCUUGCGACCUGUAGAUUCCUCUUCAUCUAGCCCUGCAAUUUCUAUUCAUGAAAUGGGGCAUUCUGGAGCAACCAAAACAGAAAGAAGUGGUAUUACUAAAUUGAAGAGUGAAAUGAAGCAGUUCUUUCAUGAGGGCCACUCCAUGUCCAGCAGCAUGUUCGCUUCCACGAGGAGCAGUACUCCAUCCUCUCCCACUAGUACUUCUCCUACUGGCUCCAGUGGAAACACGAGCUGGGGUGACCGCAAAGGACAGUGGCUGCGCAGAAGAAGGCUUGAUGGUGCUAUCAACAGAGUUCCUGUUGGCUUUUAUGAGAAAGUGUGGAAAAUUCUCCAGAAGUGCCAUGGUCUGUCCAUUGAUGGGUACGUCCUUCCUUCUUCAACCACCAGAGAGAUGACCCCCUGCGAAAUCAAGUUCGCUGUGCACGUGGAGUCGGUGCUGAACCACGUUCCCCAGCCUGAGUACAGGCAGCUCUUGGUGGAAGCUAUUCUUGUUCUCACUUUCCUCUCUGACAUUGAGGUGAACAGCAUCGGGGGCAUCAUCCAUGUGGAUCGAAUCUUGCACAUGGCCAAUGACCUGUUUCUGCAGGAGCUGAAAUCAUUCGGGGCCACUGGCAGUAUCUUGGAGAAAGACGCAGCCACGGGAAUUUGCCACUUCUUUUAUGACAGUGCUCCGAGCGGGGCCUAUGGCACCAUGACGUACCUGACAAAAGCCAUCAUUGUUUAUUUACAUGACUUUCUGCCUAGCACAGGCUGUGCGAUGCAGUGAGUGAUGCCUCCAUGUGGCAGGGAAGGCUCAGAGGCCCUUUCUCCCCUUUUCCUGGUCAUGAACCUCUUGUUUAGUUGCUGCAUGUGUGUGUGCCCUGCGCUACCUCAGCGUUUUGCACUUGCCAUGUUACGUGCCCACCUACCUGCGGGGGACAGGUGGGUGGAAUUUGACCUGGUUUUAAGGGAGUGUGAGAAAUAAUAAAUAAUGAGGCUUUUUCUGCCCAAGGUGCGUAGAUGUAAUUCGUAAUAAAUUAGCAAGAAUUGUACAGUUCUGCCAAGGGGAAGACAGAUUACUCCGUGGAGAUCAAAAGGCAUAAUAAAACAAGGGAGCUGUACCUCAGGGAUAAAGUCUCCCAAAUAAGGGAAGUGAUGGAAUUCAUUAAUUUUUCUCCUGCUGUGUGUAAAUGUACAUCAUUGUGAAUCACUAAUGCACAGUGUGAAACAUCCAGGGAAAUGUAAUUUGGAGGAGUAGGAAUAACUUGAAAUAACGGAGUGAUAUUUCUAAUACACAUUUAUCCUGAUUCUCAUCUCAUUUGCAUGUAGUCAGUGCAGGGCUAAUGCCAGCAGAGACAAAUGUCUUACAAUACCCACUAAUGUGAGAUGAUAGCCUCUCUCAGGAAGCUGCAUCUCUCUUUAAUCUGAACAAAAUAGCUUCCUUCCCUGCAGCCCCCAGGCUUCAGUUGCAAAAUCUCAAGACUCCAGCUUCUCCAGUUUUAUGCCUGUAAUCCUUUCCUCUGAAUGGAGCAAGAUAAACCUUAUCCACUCAAGCACCCUUUCCAAGUCUCCUGAUCCUUUCCCUUGCAAAUAGCCUCAGAGUUGAAUGGCAUAAAUUGCCACCCUUCUAGCACAGCGUCAGUUUAUGGAAGGCUUUGAUGUUUCCUCCUGCUUCCCCCAUCUUUUUUUUUUUUCCCCUUCCCUUUUUUAUUUCUUCUCUUUUUAAUGUAAAGUUGCACUUGUCACAUGUAGUUAGGGAUGGUCUGCUUUCAGGCAAUUGCCUCCCUUCAGGCAACUCCCAGGUGAGUGCCUCCACUGGAAAACAGUUUCUGCAGCUGCUGGGAGCUGCUGCAAGGAUAAUAGGUGUGUCCUGUGGGGAAAUGGCUCCGUGGCCAUUCACAUGGAAAGCAGAGGUAGGCUGCCUCUUAAAGGGAAAACCCUGCUUGUUACCCCAGGCACCUGGUGCAGCGUUCCUUGUGCCAGCUGAUUUUGCCCCCAGCCAAGUAGGCAUCUGGCUGCCCGCUUAGGAAAAGCGACUGCAGCUUUAGCCUCUCCAGCAGACGUGGGCUCCCAGGGUAGCACUGGGGUGUGCUGGCACUGCUGCAGUGCUAGCAGAGAGGAUCAGAGCAGUUCUGCCUUGACAGGUAGAAAGGAAAGCAGCUGUGAACUGCAAUGAUAAGUAUUUUCUGUGCUGUUAGGUCUGAUAAGUGUAUUUCUGUAAGACCACCCACCCUCCACUCUUUCAAAAGAUAACUCUGUGGUUAUUACAGAAUUUUAAUUUUUUUUAUUAUUAUUUUUUUGUAACAGUAGUAUGUGGUGCCUUUGAGAAUGAGGUUUUUGUUUCCAGUUUUAUACAGGUAUCUGAAAUGCCUUGAUGAAAGGAGUGAAGCAAACCGGUCUCACUUGCCAGUCGCCAGCACCCAUGGUCCCAGGGAGACUAUACUCCCCAUGGCAGUGCCACUCCUCCUGCUGUCCUUCUACAGAGUCACUGCUGCUGUCAAAAUUUCUGGAUGCUGGCUCAAGAAAGCAAAGCUGUGGAAGGCCUUAGGAGGUGUUUUCAUGUUUUUUCAGAAAUGAGGAGAGUUUGGCAUCCCAAGGGCCCAGGAGCCCAUGGACUGGAUGCUCUGGGACAGGCAUGUACUGUGUUAACCACCGUGAAAACUGUGGGCCUGUUAAGGGGCUAGUGUACAGGUAUGGCUCAGAUACAUUAUCAUCUGGAUGUAGAAGUAAUUUUAUUGUUGUGGUGCCCAUUCUGUAAGUGUUUGACUUCAUUGUGGGUUUUUCUUUUUUCAUAUCUCCUGUGAGAGAUCACUUAGCUUGUUUCCCAGGAAAUGCAAGUAAAGUCCUUUGUCUAGUUGAAGCAGACAAAUGUGACUGUACAGAGCAUGAGCAGGCAGAGCCAGUAUGAUGGUUUCUUGUUCUAUCCAGUAUCAUACAAAAAGGCAGUAGUAGCAGCGAUUUUUGCUUUUCUUGUUUAAUCCCAGUUUUGAGAAAGGCAAGAUCAUUUUUCCUCAGUUUUUUUUUUUGUUUUUUUUUUAAGCCUCCAGUGUGAUCUUCUUUUCAGAAACAAGAAUGGUGGUGCAGUUGGUUUUACAUGAAGCUGCCUUGAAGUCUGAAACAAUGGAGCCUGCAGAAAAACAUACCUGAAGCCCCGUAACUUUUUAAUGGUACUAUUAUUGGAAUCUCUGGCAUGAGAUUCGUAGUAUGACCCAGCUUAUGGUAUAUUUAUGGUCAUCAUGUAAAAUUAUCACAUGGAGUGCAGGCACUUGGAAAGUGUUUAUCCAGUAAUCAGAAGAGUUUAGGGGGCUGGUGGUGAAGGGUGGGAUUCCAAACCACACCACUAAUGGAGAGUGACCUCGUGUUACCUCCAGGUGAGGCACAGCCACAACUUGCUGCUUUCUAUUCAGACCAAAGAACUAUUCCAAUUGGAGAGUUUCAUUUCAGUGCAAACAUAAUUAAGCAAAUAAGGUUUUAUACAGGCCCUCUGCUUUGCUUAGGAUCCACCUGCAUGUGUGUUAAUCUGUUGCAAAGCAGAGCCAGCAUUGGGGUGGUGAGGGUGUUACCUCAGUGAAAAUGCGUGACAACUUUGCAGUUGGUGCAGGACUGAGCUGCUUGACAGAGGCUUGUCUUGGCUGGCAGGCUUCCCAGGGGAGCCAGCAGAAUAUGGGCACAGCCAGCUUCAAGUCUCUGGAAGCUCGUUUAUGGAAAAAAGGCAAAGGUACAGACACAUCCUGUGCCUCAGGAAUAAGGGCAUUAAGGAAUUAAAAUAGACCCACCUGGGACAAAGGACAAGAGUUUGACAAACUGGACAGAUCAAAAGCAGCAUUAACCCCCUCAGCUACUGCUCGUACAAGUAAAUGUGAAAAUUUAAUGGUUGGGUUACAAAGUUUGUCUUGUUUUUUGUCCUUCACUGGGGAAAGAGUCCUGCUUGUUCCUGGGAGGCAAAGGUGAGCUGUGCAAUCUCUAGCACGCCUAAAAAGGGUCCCUGAAGACCCUAAAAAGGGUUGCUUUCUGUGGCAGGUCAUGAACACCUGGGCUGCACGCCUGCAGGCAUGGGGCACCCCUCUGGCAGCAGCCAGGGCCUUGAGCCUGGGACCUACACUUGAUACUUCUUGGUGUGGUCCAGAGGUAGGAACAGAGUGGUCUGGGAAGUGGGCUGUACCUGUAGGGCAACAUCUUGGGCACCCAACUGCUCACUGAUUCAGUCCUGGCUCAAAGGACUGCUCACAGCUGUCACAGUAAGUAGCGACUGCAUAAAACUGUGGGAUAAAAAAAAAAUUAAAAAAUAUUUGGGGUGAGGGUUAUGGAAGAAGAGCUUCAGCUCAAACAGUUUGGAUUUAAGUACAAGUAGCUGAGCACUCUCCCACUGGCAGUUUUAGUCUGGAGUGGCUUUUAUUCCUGGCAUUAGAUGUUUCACAGUUACUCCCCUCUGCCACCACCCCCCCUUCUUCUGUUAGGGGCAAGGGGCUCUUGUGCUGUGUGUUCUUUUUCGGCUCAGUGACUCAGCUCCUCUCACACUUCAGUCCCGCGCCCUGAAGGCUUCUCCUCGCUGCCUGCCGAGUGAAGCGCGGCAUUGCAUCCUUACCUUUACAUCGCCUCUCAGGAAAGUGAUCCCUCAAGGCGAGCAUCCUUCAACUCCAUGCUAGGGUAGCUUCAGGAGCAUGUCAUUAGAGGGAGACGUGGCAGCUGGAGGCUGUCAGCCGCGUUUCUGAGCUGCCACGUCUUAUUGCUCAGCCUCAUUGUGGGGCUCUUCUGCAGCACAGAGAGAGAUGGCAAGGGCAGAUUCCAGAGCUGAGCUGUCCCAUUCCACCUUGCUGCUUUGCUCCCACAGGGAAGAAACUGACAGUGGGAAGCAAGAUCCCACCGCACAGUGGUGUUUGUCCAUCUUAGGUGUAGGCUUUUUGUCACUCCACUGGAGUAGUGGGAGUGAUCCUUACAGUCCAUAGAUCAGAAUAAAUGCAUGCUAAAACCAGACAUUCACUAUUACCAAUGCCAUUAAAAUCUUACUGUAAAAUUUGUUUGCACUAUUUAAAGAUUUUUCUUUCCCCAUCCCCUAGGCAAUAGAAAUAAUUCUGUGCAUGUUUAUUCAUAAAUCUGUCAAGUUAUAAAAUGCUUCUGGAAAAGUAUUUUAUAUAUAAUUCUAGAAAAUAAGAAUUAUGCAAGAUUGAAGUACCUCGAGCUUGGGCUGCUGUUACAUUCUGUCAUGAUAAACUGGGAAGGAUGCUUCUUUUUGUACUUUCAAUGCUGUUAUUAAAUAAAAACUAACUACUUUACUUA